AUGGGCGGAGCCAGCUCGGCUCGUCGCGGCGGGGAUUCCCCAUCGCGCUCUGCCAUGACAACCAUCGCUGACCUGCCCGAGGACGUGCUGGUGGAGCUGCUGUCGCUGCUGCCCGCCCGGGACCUGAUCCACACCUGCCGGCUCGUGUGCACGCAGUGGCGCUACGUGGUGGACCUGACCACCCUGUGGAAACGCAAGUGCCAGCGCGAUGGGUUCUAUCGUCAGAGCUUGGACAGAACCGUCUCUGACUGGAGAGUCUUCUAUAUGCUCUUCCACAUGAAGAAAAAUUUAAUCAAAAACCCUUGUGCUGAAGAGAACUUCCAACACUGGACAAUUGAUAAAAAUGAAGGAGACAAGUGGAAAAUUGAGAAUCUGCCUGGAGCUCAUGGAAAUGCUUUUCCGGAUGCCACAGUACACAAAUACUUUGUCACUUCAUAUGGGCCAUGCUUCAAGUCUCAACUCAUUACCCUGAAUAAAGAAGGCUAUUGGAAUCAGCUGAUGGAUAAGAAUCGGCCUGAAAUUACAGUCAAGGACUGGUACUCUGCCAGGUUUGACUGCGGGUGCCGCUAUGAGCUCACCGUGAGGCUGCUCUCGAAAGAUUACAUUGUCCUGGAGGAAUUCCACCCUGAGCCAGUGGUCAUUGAGCAGUGGAGUGAUGCCAGGUGGAGAGAGAUUUCUCACACCUUCCAGAAUUACCCAGAAGGAGUUCGUUACAUCUGGUUUCAGCACGGAGGCCAGGACACGCAGUACUGGGCAGGGUGGUACGGGAUCCGUGUGACAAACAGCAGCAUCACCAUUGGGCCCCAGAUGUCAUUAUGAAGCACAGUGUAAAGGUUUGCUUUCACUUCAGGACUGUAACCAAGUAGCCUCGGGUGCACUAUUUGCUUAUUCUCUCUGGGUGUGUCCUAGCUUUGUCUUGCAGCUCUUGUUCACAGCAGAACUUCUGCAGGCCCCGCCCUUUGGAAGGGCUUCUGUCUUCAUUUUCCAUCCUCUUCUACCAUGGAUGCUACUCCAAUUACUGGCGCCCUUCCAGAGAAAAACUGGGACAAUUAAAUAUGAGUUCUAUCUUUUCUAAUUAAUACAUUCUUAUGCUAACACACAGAGUCUUAAAGAUACUUUCUUGUUUAUGGAACUUAA